AGGUCCACAAUGUCGGCCUUGGGCAUUAUAGUGUUCAAAUUGGGUUUUCGGUUUUAAGUUUUUUCUAUUUUUUUUCCAGAUUUGAGUAACGAGUGGCAAGUGCGGCGUUACAUUUGCUAAAUUAUUUUGACUAUAAAGGCCGCUAACGGCGCCGCAUUUGUUAUCAAACAGCAGCCAACGCUCUACGCACCAACAGCCCUCGCCUUGCAGUCCAAAUCAAGCUCAUAAAAUGGCAUUCAAGUUUGUGGCUCUCCUCGCUCUGAUCGCCGCCGCCAGUGCCGGUGUCCUGCCCGCCGCCCAGGUGUACCACCAUGCUGCUCCGGUGGUGGGCACCUAUGCGGCACCAGUUCCCGUCGCCGCCACUGGCGCCGUCCUGAAGACCGUGGCCCAGCCGGUGCUGGCCAAGGCCGAUGAGGAGUACGACCCGCAUCCGCAGUACAAGUACGCCUACGAUGUGCAGGACGCCCUCUCCGGCGACUCCAAGAGCCAGGUGGAGGAGCGCGACGGCGACGUGGUCCGCGGCGAGUACUCCCUGGUGGAUGCCGAUGGCUUCAAGCGCACGGUGCAGUACACCGCCGAUCCCAUCAACGGGUUCAAUGCCGUGGUCAACCGGGAGCCGCUGGUGAAGACCGUGGUCAAGACCGUGGCUCCAGUGGCUCCAGUGGCUCCCGUUUACGCCGCCUAUCACCACUAAGCCAGGACAUCACCACUUGAAUGCCAUUUUUGUUGACUUAGUUGUAGGGCUCUUAACUGCAAAUAUAUAUGUGACUUUUUUUUUGAAA